AUGUCACGCCCCUACAAGCUAUUGAGAGGACUUCACAGAUCACAGACGCUAGAUGCGUCGUAUUACGACACACUCACGGAUUCGGAGCUCAUGGAACGCAACGAGGAUCAAGUUGUCCUCAAGUGGCUUGAGGGUGCCACCGAAAGAGGCACAAAGCGACAUGGAGAUGGAAGAAAAGCCAAAGGCCCUCACGAAAGGGUCCAAAAGGGAACAGAGCCGCUUUCCCUAAGGGACCUCUGUAACUCAAAGUUUACAAACCUCAAAUCCAAGAAAACAGACGGCGGGAAGCUGGACCACGGCGAAAGCACUCGUGAUCCAAACACCAUCAUCACGGCGUUUCCAGAUCGGUACCACCGUGGUGUCGAAGACACCCUCUUCGACACCAUCCGCCAGGGCGGCAUUCACUCAUACACAGACCCACACGAACUGAUAGAAGACAUACUUUUUGAGUCAGUGACCUUUCUAGAAGAGUUUCAAUACGCAGGUCUAGGUAUCCAUGUGCUUGAUAUCUUCGAUAGCUCCAUCGCCGAAUGUAGCCAGGAAGAAACCAAACGUUUCGAUGAAUUCAGCGAAUCGAUUGAUCCAGACGGCACCGUCGAUAAGACAUCGGACAUCACCGACGAGAUCAAGUUGAUCAGCAAAUGCAAAGACAUCCGUGACGAGUUACACCUGAUUCUUCGAAUCUUCGAGACGCAGCAAAACGUCGUCAAGAAGUUUUCUGAUCUCUUCUGGCCAAAGAAGGUGGCUCCCAAGCUGAAUCAGGCUUUCAUCGACGACUGCGGCGUCGGGCACCUGAUUGAACGCACCAAGUCCCUCGACGGACAUGCCAAUCGUACACUUCAAGCUCUUGACUAUCUUGUUCAGAUCAAGCAGGCUCAAAGUUCUCUGGAUGAGGCGCAAUCGGCUGGCCAACUGAACAAGGCAAUCUGGAUAUUCACACUAGUGACUGUUAUCUUUACCCCGCUUUCCUUUAUGACCAGCCUAUUUGCAAUCCCCUUCACCUACCACCCUCAGAACAGCGAGGGUGAAAUCAGAGUUGAAGAGAAAUGGUUUACCAACCGUAUGGCUAUCGGUGAAGGUGUCAGUGUGGCAGCUAUUGCCCUUGCGAUUUUGAUCAGCUUCACAGCGCCUUCUCCUAAACGCGCCAUUGCACGCCUCAAGUCCACUUGGAAAGAAACUGGUUGGGAAAAGAUUUGGCCGCGAAGCACAGACUCGGGUUCUUACCACGUCAAUCCACCCCAGCAUGGUCAAGACCAACGCUCUAUCAGGCACAAGCUUGCUAUCUUCCUCCCCAGGGAGAAAAUGGAGCCCAGAGGGGGCGGGGACAACGCCUAG